UACUGGGAGAGGGAGGAUAAUGUGUGUGUGGCCAAGGAAAAGGCAGGGUGUUUAAGAGUGAGAGAGGACAGAAGCAGAAGGUUUGAGAAAGACUAGUUUACUAGAGGCAGAAGUGUGAGCAAGAGGAACAAAGGUUACGGAGAAAAAUAGGAAUACAGAAAGGGAGAGGGAGAGAGAUACAGAAACAAAGUUAUAGCAGCUGUUUCAGACCAUCAGAGAGCGGACUGAGCCAAAGGGAACAAGAGAGAGUUUCUGAGUCAUGGGCAAAUCAGCUUCUAAGCAGUUUUCGGAGGAGGUGUUGCGGAGUCAUAAUGAGUAUCGUAGGAAGCACCAGGCACCCCCUCUGAAGCUGAGCAGCAAGCUGAGUAGCGAUGCAACUAGGUAUGCUGAGUCUCUGGCCAGCACACGGAUCCUGAAGCACAGUGUUGAGUCCAGUAAGGGGAGCUGUGGUGAGAACCUGGCCUGGGCCUCCUAUGACCAACCAGGGAAGGAUGUGGCCGACCGCUGGUAUGACGAGGUCAAACAAUACAACUUCAACCGCCCCGGCUUCUCCUCUGGCACAGGUCAUUUCACAGCAAUGGUGUGGAAGGGCAGUAAGAAGCUGGGUGUGGGGAAGGCCAGUGCUCCAGAUGGCUCGUCAUUUGUGGUAGCCAGGUACUUUCCAGCAGGGAACAUCACCAACCAGGGACACUUUGACAACAACGUCCUGCCGCCCAAGGACUGAGGAACAUACUGACCAAUCACCCCCAUCCAAAGGACAUUUGCACUUUGACUUGUGACCUUGACUUUUUUAUAUAUAUAUAUAUAUAUAUGACAAAACCACUGUGACUAACAAAUGCAUGAACAAAAAUAGGCACACCAUUGACCAAACCCAGACCAUGCCAGCUGUGCCUUCUGGAGGUGUACCAGCCACCCAACUGGGUUUUGACCUACUCAUGCCAUCGUUAGUGGGGGUAGAGAUUUUACACAUAGUAAAAUAAUUUCUGGUAAAAAAUAAAUAAUUGUACCAGUCAAAAGUUUGGACACACCUACUCAUUCAAGGGUUUUUCUUUAUUUUACUAUUUUCU